UCCUUUCGUAUCAUACCAGGAAGUUUAUUCUUUGAAACAAAACUCUCAAACAACUAAAUUGACUUAUUUUAAUUACAUAGAGUCAUUCAUUAUACAAGUUUUAUUACAAUGAAAAUGGAACUUUCGUUUCUCUUAACCAUUCUUUUGUGGAUUUACCAAGUAUCAACAGAUAACCAUUUUUCAGUCCAGACUACGUGUACACCACCAUCCAACCGGCGUAAUGAAAUCGACAUCAGUUGUACUGUAUGUGGGUUCAGUGUUCUAGAUUUCUUUAAUUUCGAAGUAGAAUGGCAUCUACAAAAAAAUCAAAGCAUUAUUAGUCCAGCUAAAAUUACACCUGGUAAUCUAGAAGGUAACGACACGAAGUACACGUGGGAAUUCAUGUUGAAUGAUGUCGACUGCGAAGGAAACAAAACAGUCUUCAAAUUAGUUGACCAAAAACCUACUUUCACGUCACUCGGCAUUUACACUUGUUAUGUAACUCUAAACGGAAGCACAACAAAGCAAAGCAGUGUUGAUCUUUCUUCUGGAAACGAAAACGCAUCACCAAAUUAUGUUCUGAUGAGAGUCAGCAAUGUUCCAGUGGCAGACAUAGCCAAAAGUUGCAAAAAAUAUGGAUAUGACGUAUUUAUGGAUGACUCUGUGGCGAAAUCGCUGUUGAGUGCCUUUUAG